AACAUGGCUACAAGAUCUCUAGUAGUUGGUGGGACCGGCGGUAUCGGCUACGCCAUAGCCUGCCAGCUCGCAACAGCUUCGGCAUCCUCAACAGUUAUUAUCAGCGGCCGCACAGAACCAAAGAGCCUCCCUCACGCCAACCUCGAGUUCAGACCUCUGGAUGCAUCAUCAAUGCGUUCAAUCAGGCGCUAUACCGGCAAUUACAAGUCAGCAAAUGAGCAGCAACUUGACUUGCUCGUCUUGACUCAGGGCAUCAUCUCAAUGGCGGGACGGACUGAGACGCCUGAAGGAAUCGAUCGCAAGAUGGCUCUUCACUACUACGGGAGACAGCUACUCAUCCGAGAACUAAGUCCUGUUUUGAAAGACGAUGCAAAAGUUCUCAUUGUGCUGGAUAGUACGCGUGGGAAUCCGAACCAGCUCAAGUGGGACGACUUGGACCUCAAAUCCAGCUUUACCUUGGCAGCUGUAACACAACAUUGUGUUACCAUGACCGAUGCCAUGGUCCAGGCACAUGCCGCCGAGCAAAAACAACACGGUCAAAAACGACGCCGGUUCAUUCACGCCCAUCCCGGAAUCGUCCAGACCGACAUCUACAAAACACUCCCAUGGUAUAUACGCGGCCUCCCGAAGGCUCUCAGUCAAGUUUUUGGCGUUUCGCCUGAAACAUGCGCCAAGAAAUUACUCAAAGGGACGUAUGAGUGUGCAGCCGCCGACAAGGAGGACAGGUUCUGGAGCUAUAUCAACGAAAAGGGCGAUGUUGUUCUGGACAAACCUGUUUGGAGUGAGGAGCAGAUUCAGAGGGUUAGGGAUCACACGUGGAAGAUUAUCGAUGAUGCACUGAAUGCGAGUGACUGA